AUGGCUCUCCGAUUGUGUUUUCGCUCGAAAUCACUGUUCCGGAACUAUUACAUCCACUAUCCGGGUGGUCAGGUGCGCUAUGUUUCAGUUAACAGCCCAGGACCCAGUUCGAAAGAGGUUCGCCGUCAGUUUAUAGACUACUUCACGGUCAAACACAACCAUCAGCUGAUACGAUCGAGCUCUUUGAUACCCUUCAACGAUAGCACGAUCGCAUUUGUGAAUGCCGGCAUGAACCAGUUCAAAAAUGUCUUCCUUGGUACCGCGGAUCGGCCCUGCCAACGGGCGGUCAAUUCACAGAAAUGUGUACGAGUGGGUGGCAAACAUAACGAUCUGUCGGUCGUUGGUACAGAUAGCUAUCAUCACACGUUUUUCGAGAUGCUUGGCAACUGGUCGUUCGGGGAUUAUUUUAAGCGCGAGGCUUGCCAAAUGGCUUUUGAUUUGCUGAAGGAUGUGUACCGGAUCGAUAUGGAGCGUGUGUAUGUAACAUACUUCGGCGGAGAUGAAUCCCUGAACCUACAGGCGGAUGAAGAAUGCCGUGAAAUUUGGCUGAGUUUGGGGAUUCCAGCGGACCGCGUGCUUCCUUUCGGUACACGGGACAAUUUCUGGGAGAUGGGAAAUUCGGGUCCCUGCGGUCCAUGCACAGAGAUACAUCUGGAUCUUUCAGACGAGUAUAAGAAUACAAAGGCGAGACAUCACUUGGUAAAUGCCGGUGUGCCGGAUCUUACCGAAAUUUGGAACAUUGUGUUUAUACAAUACAACCGUUCGCUUGAAGACGGCGUGAUACGCAAUCUACCUCAUCAUCACGUUGAUACGGGAAUGGGCUUGGAACGGGUUGUUGGUCAUUUGCAGGGAAAGUUAAGCAACUACGACACGGAUCUGUUCGAACCAAUCUUCGGCCGUAUACAGAAGGUGACGAAACUGGAACCUUACCGGGGAAGCUUUCUGCGUAGCGAUAACCACUACGAACUAGAUACCGCUUAUCGAAUUAUGGCUGAUCAUAGUCGAAUGAUUACGGCCUGUUUAGCUGACGGAAUGUUUCCCUCCCAGAAUCACAAAUUACGACGCAUUAUUCGGAAAUCGCUUGCCCUGGCUAAUCGUACCUUUGGCUGUCCGGAUCUACUGCACGAAACUAUCCCCAGUGUGGUGGAAAUUCUUGGCGAUGUGUACCCGGAAAUGGAACGAAAUCUUUCCAGCGUGUUACAAAUAAUCGAACACGAGCGACACGCGUACAGCGCGCUAAGCUCUAAACGAUCCACCGAAACGAACACGCUGCUGAAACAAUUUCCACACCUAGAAGAAUCGGAAGCGCUGGAACACGCGGGCCUCCCCGGUGCCAUAAAGGAACUGCUGCAAACUAAACCAACCCAUCUGAAUGGGCAGAUUAUUCACAAAAUGUAUGACACGUACGGGUUGGACGAAGAAUUGCUCAUCAAACUGGGACAAAUGAUGAAAUUUUCGCUUGACUUUCGGGACUACGAGCGUUACGUUUGUGAGCUGAAGGAUGGAUUCAAAAACGAGAUAGCCACCAAGCUGGAGACACGUCUUUCCGCAUAUAAAAACCUCAGGGAAUCGAUCGAUAGCACUAGGUUAAAACCAACACAAACGGAACGAAGGUACAAUUAUGCAUUUAACCAAGAGAAGGGCACAUAUGAGGUCGCAGCAUGCAAAGCGCAUGUUAGUCUGCUACUAGAAGAUGAUACCCGUGACCAGUGGCACAUCGUAACGGAUCAAAGCAAUUUCUACUGCGAAUCUGGUGGUCAACAGAGCGAUACGGGACGGCUAACAGUUGGAGCUGGUUCUAAGGGUGAAAAAUCGUUCGAUAUAGUCAACGUUUCCGAUCACAAUGGAUUUAUUGUCCAUUCCAUUCCGAAGCAACCGAAUGUGACACCUUCCAUUGGUGAUCAAGUGGUUUUGCAGGUGGAUGCUAAUCGACGGACACAACUUACUGUGCACCAUACGGCAACGCAUUUGCUAAACGCAACCGUACGCAAAAUCGUCCAACUGCCAAUGUGUCAACGUUCCAGUGCCGUUUCUGAACGGGGCUUCCGGCUGGAGCUCGCUAUCAGUGGUGAGAAGAUAACACUAGACCAAAUAGCUACGAUCGAGACUGAAAUACGAUCGUUGAUCAAGCGUAACGAACCGAUCAGUGUGGCAGUGUGCAAUGCAAACGAUCUCGAUUUCGCAACAAUUACGACGGUCCCGGGAGAAACCUAUCCCGAUCGGGGUCUGCGGGUUGUGUCGAUCGGUGAUGUAUCGCGGGAACUUUGCUGCGGGACGCACGCUACCAACACGGGAGAAUUGCACGACUUUGCCAUAACGAAUGUGACGCAAUCGAAGAAUGGAUGCUUUACAUUUCACGGCGUUGCAGGGCCGGCUGCCGAGAAGGUCCAUUUCCUGGGCGCACAAAUCCAAAACGACGUUAGCCAGCUGCAACAGGAUGCGCAACAAAAUGAGAAAGCGCAGGAAGACGUUACGAUCAUCGAAACGAGAAUGCAACGGUUGAAAAAUGUGCUUCUAACCGGAACGGAGAACAACAUUCACCUGCCGUACUGCGUCCGGCAACGGUGCCUGAACGUGAUCAAUGCUCUGUACCAGAAGUUGAAGGAUCGAUCACGCGAAUCGCUCCGGGCGUUGCUCGACAUUGAGAUGCGCAACCUGAUGGAACAGAAAACGCCCACUAGCGAUCGGUUCAUCGUACACUUUCUCGAGUGUUCCAUCAUUCUCGAGGAGGUGCAGCUUAGCAAAGCGACACGAUACUGUACGGAUCGUCCGAUUUUGGUAGUUAGCAUCACGGACAAUCAGGUGAAGGCUCGUGCAACGAUUCCACCGGCAAUGGUUUCCGACCGAUGCAACGCCGAACGGUGGCUGGAGGUGGUAGCACAAACGUUCAAAGCACAAAUAGCCCCACCGAAGGGACAGAAUGCGGCCGAAGUGUGCAACAUGAAGGCGCGCAAGGUAAAGAUGAUGCAUUUUGAGGCAACGUUAGAGAAUGCGUUGUGUGCGGCCAAGACUUACGCGGAGGAGAAUUUCCAUUAG